AUGCAGAUGUUCAUGGAGUCAUCCUUCACAUCAAAUCGUGGAGGAACGUUUACAUACUCUUCAGAUCCACGGGCCUUAUUAAAUAUUCAAAAUUUGGUUGCAACACUCCCUACAUUUCUCACUGGUUCUCUACUCUCUUCUGGUGCAGAUGCUAGUGUGAAGCUCUUCGCCCAUGACUGGAUCGGAAUUGUGACGGGUGAUAAUCUUUUUCUUUGGCGCUAUACACAGUCGAAGGAAACCAGGAUAGCCACGUCUUCGGCCUGCCACCAAUUUGAACUACCCUCGAUGUCAGAGACAUUGACGUCAGCAGCGUCGGUUUCAGUUUCUUGCUUUGAAGGCCACGGGCGGCCCCGUCUCUGUGCGGCUGCCGUGGCUGGUGUCCUUCGUAUUUGGCCGCGUGGCGUCCUUGGAGCUGUAGGACGGUCGCAGGUAUUGCGCGACUUUCUUGACACUCAGCUGAGUGGUCUGAAGGCUGGCGAAUUAUGUGUGGCGCUGGAAGAGGGUCCCUGUUCUGCCACCUUCCUUUUGGCCACUAAUCAUGGUCGCAUUUUCGGCGUGGAUGCAAGGAUGCCAGAGGACUGUGUUUUUGUCUUCCUUGUCGUCGAUAGCAACACUAUCGGCACCACUGCGGAUGCUUCGAUGAGCUCAGGUCGAGCCGGCGCAGAAGAGAGUGACAUUAGUCUUCUCUCGGGGCUGAGUCGUCGAGUCGCCUCCAUUUGGUCCUAUGCCACAAGCAGGGUUCCUUCUCUCAGUGUCACUGGUACAAAUGCCUCUCCUGCUACCUCUUCUACUGGAAAAGUUCUUCGCUUCCUUGUGGACGUCGAGUCACAGAAUUCUUGUCGAAUGACCCUUCUCACACAGGCUCGUAUCGCUAUUUGGCUCGUUGAUGUCGAUUUCGAGCACUCACUUCUCUUUAACCUAGACCUCAACAACGCUAGAUAUGGUGAGGCCCUAGAUGUUGCCGCCUGUUCUCUCUCGUCUCCUGUACUUUGGCUCCUCUGUACUUCGUCUUCUGAGAAAGAGACUCUCUGUCUCCUCUCAAUAGAUGUCAAGAAAGCGGCGAAGGGUGAGGAACCGAUUGCACUGACUUCAUUCUCUGUGGAAACUGAGACUCCCGACUUUCAGAUGAUUGCCUCGCUUUCUGGCUUAAAUGCGUACCCAUCCACUCUCCUGGCUUUGUUCGCACGGGAUGCUGGAACAGUUCACAUUGUGGAAGCUCUGACGGGACGCUGCAUAAGCCAGGUAGAAUUCGAGCAGACCUCAUCUUUACUAGGAGUAAUCAGUGCUCCUCCAGAUAGUACUGCGCUCUUCCUCCUUGUAACACGCCAGCGUGGUGUUUAUGCCAUUGUCGGUGAAGACCCUUGUCUAUCCACCCUCAAUCCUCGUCCAUUCAUCGACCAACUCACUAAAGUCACCUCACUUGGUGUUGAGCCUGAUCAACUAUUGGAAGCACUCUCAAGAAUUGCUGCGAUUCUUUGGAUGGGAUUUGAGGAUGAAGCUGAGAGCUUAAUCACUUCCCUAUUCGCCGCACCUCAUCGGAAUCAACUUACAUCCGCCACUCCCAUUGCAUUCCUACGUCUGAUACGUCUUGUCCUCAAUUGCCGCCCAAUCAGCGGACCCGAUGCUCGCUGGCGUGGCAUGUCUAGUAAUAAUGCUCUGAGCUUCGACUUUGCUCGCACUGGGGACUCGCGGUUCAUAGCCAAACAACAGGCCAUAGAGUGUCUAGGUAUGAGUCUGUGGCCCAGAGUGCUGGCUACCUUGACCUCCGAUGGUAGUGGUUGCAGUAAACUAACUGAUGCCUUGACUUUGUUGACGGAGAUUUUCCCUCCCCUCCUCACCAGCGAGGAGGCGAGCCCAUUCCACCAGCGUCGGCAUCACAUACUCAAUGCUUUUCUGGCUGGCGCUGAGGUCUGUGAAUGUGCACGUGUUCUUCACACCCGAUGGAGUCGAUUAAAGCAGAAUUCUCUUCUGCAUCCUGUCUUUAAGUCUACAGUGGAAGCGGCUACGCUGGCAGGUGUGAUUCGUGGAGGAGAUGUUCACAAUCUUCUCUCCUCAGAGGAUAUUUUUUUCCAAACUGUAACCCUGGUUCCCCAGUUUAUUGCCACCUUGGCCGAGCACAUUGUGACAAACGCCAAGAAUUGCCUGACUGAUCCUAUCGACCCUGUUGAUUUUGUGGCCCGUGGUGCCCAACUACUAACGACUAGUCUCUCUGAAUCCCUCGACUACAGACAGAAGCUUUUAUUUGCUCUUGAAUCUGUUCUUUCUGAGGAAUCUUCUGGUAAUGGUACCAAUAGUGCCUUGGAAUGCGACUUCUUUUGUUGGCUUACGGCCAGCGAUGUGCUAUGCAAUCAACUUCUUGACGCCUUUGACGCUUUAGCUGAGGUGGUUGUCACUCUAUCCGGUGACACCGAUCGUAUGUUGGCAGACGGUGGAUCGCUAAAGCAGGAAUGCGCUUGUCGUAGCGUGGAGUUGGCCACCAUUCUCCUCCAAAUCUUUCAACAGCUUGUUCGAUGGCCCAAGCACUCGGUUGACCUGGAUACACGGUUUACAGAGUUGAGGACGCGGCUCAUCUCCGCUGUGGCUUGGCGCAUAAGUCGUCCUGAAGCAGCUUUGGACCUAGCUAUUCGUUUUCUCGACAAGGAGCUUAUGGUCAAGAUCUCUGAUCACCUCGACAAACACGCCCCUGAUGGAAAGUGGCAUACUAGUCUUAUGAACGCACUCUCUCGAUGCCCGAAGGACAUUGGUUUAGCUGAUUAUGCUCUCCAGUGGCACUACUCACAUGGCGAAAAGGCACGCCUCCAAUCGCUGCUCGUAAUGCUGCAAAAGCGAGAGACAGAGGUGUCGCCUGGAGGAACAAUGGACGCGAUAGAGGUACAACAAAAGCGCCUAACCUCAUCACCCAGAGGCGUUCCCGAUGCAUCGUCUGUAAAACGGGCACGGCAGACAGCUGAGACGUGUGUUAGUCGUUUUUUACGGCGGAAGGAGGCAAAGGAUUUCGCUUGGCUACAUCAGCUUGGCAAUCGGGAUUAUGAGCAGGCAUCCAAGGGUCUUCUUGCUGCAGGACUAAGCGAGACCAACUCCCUUGACCGUAGACGUACCCUUCUUAGCCUCUCCAAGCUCUCAUCCAUUGCUGCCAGUCACUGUAGAUCUACCAAAAACGACAACGAGCUCGUUGACAAGCACCUUGAGGUUCUUCGUUUCCAGGCAAGUCUUACUUUCCGAACCGCGCAUUUUCACAUAGCAAGCUUAGAGGAGUUGAUGCGACGGAAGUCGCCACAUCAAGACGCUGACCUCGCUGUCUGCUCCGCUGCUGCACUAGCUCAGCUCUUUGUUUCGGAGAUUGAGUCGUCGUCCCAGAAGUUGACAAGAGAAGACCUUCUCGUCACUUUCUCUACCGCACUUCGAUUGGCUCAAUUGGCAUUAGAGUUGGAUGAAACGGAGGCUGCGGAAGUUGACUCAGUCGAAAUGCAGCAUCAAUUACUGUUCCAAGAAAUCUGGGCGCAGGCAGUAAAAGUGGAUGCAUGGAAGAAGCCGAAUGAUGAUGGAGACUUCAAUGAGGCGUGUGAGAAUAGCUUCUUUUAUGCUCUGCUUGAUCACUGUCUGCGAGCUGGUAAGCUGCGACAGGAUAUAACACUCAUAAAUGUUGGAAUUCUUUACCUUGUUAUGUAA